AUGACGUCCGAUACAGAAACGGCGGCAACUGACCCUUCAGAGGCGUACCGUCUGAUUCCACCAGAGCCAACUACUGACGAGCAAUUCAGCUAUGCGCAGAUAACGUCAGGAUGCAAAGUUUAUGCCACCAAGGACGAUGAAUGGCGGUUGGCAGAAGUGAUUGCCCUCCAGAGAAAAAAGGGAAAGCUGGUCUUUUAUGUGCACUAUGCUGAGUUCAACAAGCGUUUGGACGAGUGGAUUGACGAAACAAAGAUCGACAACCACCGUCCGAUGUAUCUUCCAAAACCUCAGAAGGAUAAAAACAAGAAGCAAAAUCGCAAAAAAGUGAUCAAGAAGACUUCACAAAAGGCCGACACCGACACUCCUGAGCCGCAGCGCGCAACGAGCGAGCCCAAGGACGAUGAAAUGGAUCUGGACAACUUGAAUGUGCAGGGUCUGGUGAAGGAAGGAGAAGAAUUGAGUCGUGAGGACGAAAUUGAGAAACUUAGAACAAGUGGUUCUAUGGCUCAGACCUCUACACACGAGCUCGCCAAGAUCCGUAACUUCAGCAAAGUCAUUAUUGGAAACCACGAGGUCGAGCCGUGGUAUUUUUCGCCAUACCCGGUCGAACUCACCGAAGAAGACUGUCUAUACAUCUGUGACUUUUCCUUGAAUUAUUUUGGUUCCCGGAAACAGUUUGAACGGUUCAGAUCGAAAUGCACAUUAAGCCACCCGCCAGGAAACGAGAUCUAUCGCGAUGAUUACGUUUCAUUUUUUGAGAUCGACGGACGUAAGCAGCGCACAUGGUGCAGAAACGUUUGUUUGUUGUCGAAAUUGUUUCUUGAUCACAAGACUUUAUACUACGACGUGGAUCCUUUCCUGUUCUACUGUAUGACCAGAAGAGAUGAGAUGGGGCACCACCUGGUGGGAUACUUUUCGAAGGAAAAAGAAUGUGCCGAUAACUACAAUGUGGCCUGUAUUCUGACCUUGCCACAGUACCAAAGACACGGUUACGGUAAGCUGCUGAUUCAAUUUUCGUAUGAACUGUCCAAAAUUGAGGGUAAAAUAGGAUCACCAGAAAAACCACUUUCAGACUUGGGUCUGUUGUCGUACAGAGCUUAUUGGGCAGAAACAAUUUCCACGCUGCUGAUCGAGAAUGGAUCGACAGACAUAAGCAUUGACGAAAUCUCACAGAUAACAUCCAUGACAACCACUGAUAUUCUCCAUACUCUGCAGACACUCAAUAUGCUGAGAUAUUACAAGGGACAACAUAUCAUUGUUUUGACGAACCAAAUCAUGGAGAGUUACGAAAAGCUGCAGCGCAAGAAACGUCACAAGCUCGAUCCCGCAAAACUUGUCUGGAAGCCACCUGUCUUUACUGCCUCCCAGCUCCGGUUCGGAUGGUAA